UACAUGUUACAAUACAAAUUGCCAUCGUAUAAACCAACCAUUAUAAAUACAUCAUUCCUAAAUUUCAAAAACCACAAUCUUCCAUUCAUUGAUCUAACUUUUCCUUAGUAACCUCAUAUCAUAAUAAACCAUGUCUUCCACAGCUACUAAAGUUCUCACAUUGAUCAUAUCUUCAUUAGCCCUUAUGCAAAUAACAGUAGCUGGUGAUCCAGACAUCCUAACUGAUUUCAUAGCUCCAUUUGGAAGCCAAAUUGAUGGAAACUUUUUCACAUUCACCGGUUUCCGCGCCCUUCUUCCAAAUAAUACACAACCUUCAUCUUUCAAAGCACUGAAAGCAAGCAGAGCAGAAUUUCCAGCUGUUGAUGGACAGAGUGUGUCAUAUGCUGCACUCGAGUUCCCGGCCGGAGGGAUCAAUCCACCACACACGCACCCUCGCUCGGCCGAGCUACUCUUACUCGCGAAAGGCUCACUUCAAGUUGGAUUUGUUGACACAACUAAUAAACUAUUCACUCAAACACUUCAAGCUGGAGACAUGUUUGUUUUUCCAAAAGGACUUGUGCACUUUCAAUUGAAUUCUGAUGCUCAAAAAUCUGCUUUGGCUUUUUCUGCUUUUGGUAGUGCUAAUGCUGGAACUGUUUCAAUUGCUACUACAUUGUUUAACACUACAAUUGAUGAUAAUGUGUUGGCUUUGGCAUUCAAGACUGAUGUUGCAACCAUUCAAACUUUGAAGAAAGGAUUUGCUCCUUAAUUAAAGCCUUCAUUUCCUUUGUUAUUUUUUAAUUAAGUGAUAGUUUUUCUUAAGUUUGCGAGGAUGUGAAAUGGUUAUGUUACUAUUGCUGUUAUUUUUUAUUUAUUUAUUUUAAAAAAACUAUUGUUGUUAUUGUAAUAAUCACCUCAAAUAAUAUGAAGAACUUUUGUGUUA